AUGCCGAUGCUGUACAACACUCGCUACAGCUCGCGGAGGCGGGUGACGGUCAUGAUCUCGGUGGUGUGGGUGCUCUCUUUUGCCAUAUCGUGUCCCCUGUUGUUUGGCCUAAACAACACAGCCACACGUGAUGACACUCAAUGUGUGAUCGCCAACCCGACGUUCGUGGUGUACUCCUCCAUCGUGUCUUUUUACGUCCCCUUUAUCAUCACGUUGCUGGUUUAUGUGCAAAUUUACGUGGUUUUACGGAAGCGAAGAAAACGUGUGAACACCAAACCAAAGCGCAAACUGUGUCAGCGCCCUGAGCCUGAUCUGCCCACCUCCAUAAAGGAGAAGUGCACUCAUCCAGAGGACGUGAGGCUGUGCACCAUGAUUGUUAAAUCUAAUGGGAGUUUUCCUGUCAACAAGAAGAAAGUGAUAUUUAUCAAAGAUGGGAAUGAGGGGGAAGAUCUGGAGUUGGAUGAACUCAACAACAGUGGGGACAGUCAGAAACUCAGGCAGCAGCCCCAGUGCACUCUGGGAGAUACUCCAGCUACAAGCAACCAGAUGCUAAUGCCGAAUAAAGCCAACGCUAGCCCCACCUCAUGCCCAGCUACGCCCCCAGAGGACGGGAGAGCUGAGAAGAAUGGAGAGCGCCCCAAAGAGCUGCUGGCCAAUGCCACUGUGGUGACCAAAGCCGUUCAGACCCAGGCCUUACCCAAUGGCAAAACACAGACCUCUAUCACGACUCUGAGCAAGAGGAAGAUAUCCCAGCAGAAGGAGAAGAAGGCCACUCAGAUGUUAGCCAUUGUUUUAGGUGUCUUCAUCAUCUGCUGGCUGCCCUUCUUCAUCACACAUAUCCUGAAUACCCACUGCACCAAAUGCAAGGUCCCUGCAGAGAUGUACAAUGCCUUCACCUGGCUGGGAUAUGUGAAUAGUGCUGUCAACCCCAUCAUCUACACUACUUUUAAUGUGGAGUUCAGAAAGGCAUUCAUUAAAAUCCUACACUGUUGA